AUGAAGAAAGGUAAUAUUGUCGGACAUUUGCUGAUUGCUGACCCCGCAUGCCAAUUACUUGACUUCUUGGAAGUAUACACAAAAUACAAUUUCCACUGUCGCAUUGAUUUGAAACUCGAAACAGACCCUUUUCAAUAUCGUUGCACAUUAACAGAUUUAAAGAGCACUGGUAGCGUGGGUUCAAUUGUCCUUUAUGGGCAGGUGGCCCUGGCCAGAUAUCGGUAA